AUGUCUACAGAAUCUACACCACGAUCAUCGCGCCCGAGGUCGCGUGCCUCACGGAAAUCUUUAACAAUAGACCUGUCGUCACUACCACCUCCAAAUCUCCCAACUCCUCCUUCAAACACCCUGAUCAUCACAAAUCUAUACAACCCACUGGUCUUCAGCGUCAGCAGCUUACAAGAAAUCAAGACACUCAUCAACAAUGCUGCUCCUAUCCACUCCUGGGCUCCACUCAAGUCGUUUCACCGUAUCAUCGUCUCCUUCAUGGAUAUUGACGCCGCAACACGGAUCCGCCAAUUACUCGAUGGAAAAGUCAUCAUGGGAGAGAAAGUUCGAGUGUACUUUGGCCAGUCUACGUCUAUUGAACCCAAAGAAGAGCACCUAAACCUUCCUGAUGCGGGCAAACUAUUUUUCAUCUCGCCACCUCCUAGUCCCCCACAUGGAUGGUCAGCAAAGCUUGAAGACGCUCCGAAUAAGCAGGUUAUGGCUGAAGAUUUAGUUGAAGCCCUCUCCAAGUUGCACGCAGGAUCCGGUCCCUGUUUUCCAGACAGCCCUAUCAGUGACCAGUGCCGCACUACAGAGAUUCGUACCCGAAGUGGCAGCUCAACCACAAUCUACCGACCAGAGGAACACGGCUGUAGUCCAAAUCUACCUGCCAUUAAUGUAGAGGACACGACAGGUGAUGAAUCUGAAAUCAGUCCAAUUGAGGAAGAAAAGCCAAUUUUUGCGCACACCUUCCGCCCCCCGGUGGAAUUAAUGCAAAUCGGUGAAUAG